AUGAACGAGCACAACGACCCAGCAACAACUGUGCUCGCCCUAAACGAACAGUCUAAUAAGCCCAAAAAUUACUCUGCCCUAUCGAGGUCUAGCGGUAUUCCAAGCUCUACGUUACGCGAUCGUGACCAUGGUAGGAUUUCCAAAAAGGAGCGUGCUGUGGAACAGCAAUACCUUACUCCGCAGGAAGAAAAGUCGUUGCUGGAAUACGUACUACGGUUAUCGAAGAAUGGUUACCCCCUCCCGGUCAAAUUCUUACGUGCUCUGGCGUGGGAGAUCGCCCGCCGACGCUCAUCACAUACGCCAAUCCCGGUCGCCAAUGAAGACACACGCCCACCAGGGAAGAACUGGCCACAAGCAUUUUACAACCGUCACCCCCAGCUGACAUCGAGGACACUAAAAGCAAUAGACUGGAAGAGACAUGAUCACAAUAUCUACGACAAGGUGCAGGAUUGGUUUCGCGUCAUCAAGACGGAGCUGGACAAUCCGGCGAUCCUCGCGGAGAAUGUUUAUAACAUGGACGAGACAGGCGUCCUCCUGAGCGUUUUGGGUGCUCUCAAGGUGUUAGUAGGGCGGGAGGAGAUGUGUAAAUACCGUGGUGCUGCUGUAAAACGGAAAAUGGUUACUGCCGUUGAGUGCCUGUCGGCAGAUGGUAGGUCUCUGAAUCCCCUGGUCGUUUGGCCUGCUUCUACCCACCGUAGUAAUUGGACCACUUACCCCACUCCCGGAUGGCAUUUUGCCUGUUCCAAGAACGGAUACACAGACAGCUCCAUCAACCUGUACUGGAUCCAGCAUGUCUUUGACCCUCAAACCAAGGCUCGUGCUAGUAAGCGGCCGCGCGUUUUGAUUAGCGACGGGUUUGCUGCGCAUGAGUCCCUCGAGGUCUUGAAGUUUUGUCUAGCAAAUAACAUCAUUCCCUGCCGACUUCCCUCGCAUACUUCGCAUAAGCUUCAGCCGUGUGAUGUGGGCGUGUUCAGUGCCCUGAAGACUGCCUAUCGGGAACAGGUAGAGCUCUUCUAUCGGGGUGGAGCUAAUGCUGUGCGGUUGGAGCAUUUCACUUCCCUUUAUAGCCGGGCGCGAAACUCUGCUGUAAUGCCCCGUAACAUCAACGCGGGCUGGUCUAAAACUGGAUUGUUUCCUUGGAACCCUGACCGGGUACUGAAGGACAUUCAACCGCCGCCCGGAGCCAGUUGCUCCAACGGAGGGAAUGUUGCUAAAGUAGCCCAUUACCCUGCCAGUGCAGAGCUGCUACAAACACCACAAACACCCAUCACGGCUGAUGGUCUAAAAUGGCUGUGUCAUAAAAUGCAAAAAGAAGCUCGUGGGUGGGACGAAGAUUCUAAGCUUCUCGUCAACCGUCUUGCCCACGCAGCGGAGAAGGCAUUCGCGGACCGUGCACUUCUUCGGAAUGACAACGAGCGGCUGUUGGCACAGAACAAUGAAAAACGAAGUCGAACAUCGAAGCCAGCGCGCAAGGUGGGCAAUGCUAAAGUUAUGAGCUACGAAGAUAUAAUCGAGGCCCAGCGCAACCUUGAGGCAAAAAAAGCCUCCCAGGCUGGAAAGCGCAAGACCAAUUCCAGUAAUGGGCGCCAACCAAAAAGGUCUUGCAGUGAUGAUGUACGAAGGGCUGAAGAUGAAAUACAAAGCUGGGACUUCAAAGAGUACUGUUCGGUUAUUAGCUUUUGA